AUGACAACGAUGUCCAUCCAACUGCGUCGUGUGGUGUUCCUGUUGGUACUACUGCAAUGUUGUGUGUGUGUGGCAUGUGCGGAAGAAACUAGCAGUACCGAACCAACUGGUGAGUGUGAAGAUCAAGACGAAAUUAAGAGAGCGGAGAGAAGUUUGGGUGGAAUUAUCGAUCCCUCGACGAAAGCGUUGGGCGAGGCGCAGGAUUGUUUAACAAUAUGGAAGAAGGACGUGGGAGCGUGCAAUGCGAAUUACGAGGACAUUGAGUCCGCCGUGAACGCCACCAUACUCAUUUUUAAGAUUUUGGACGGCAAACCGGUAGAGGGGUUUAAGCCAUCAAAGGUGGAUGGGGAACGAUGCGGCGAACAAAAGGUCAAGGAUUAUGCCGCCAACUUGGGGAAGAUGGUGGAGAAGGUUAAUGCAGCCAUACGGAAUAUGCCAGAAUUGUACAAAAAGGCAACUGAGAAAGCUGCUGUGUGUGUCAAUUUUCAAAGAGAACUGGAUCACCUUUUUGGGAGAUUAACCGGAGCUCGCGUUGGGUAUUUUCCCCUUGUCAGCCAUAAAAGCAACGUCGGUUGCAUGACAAGGGAAAGGAUACUGUACAUUGAAAACCUCAACAAAACGUACGAAGGCAUGAAGGCCGUCUCGGAUGGUCUUAAAGAAGUGCAGGGAAGGACCCAACUUUGCAGGAUGAACUCCGAGGGGGAAUCCCCCAAAUUUAUGAAGAGGAUAGGGGAGUUCAGGGGGCGUUGUCAAAAUGUUUUUAGGGAUGAAGUUAGGGUGGAGGACGAACCCGAUGUGAAAUUUAAUCUAACGGAGGUGUUUAAGAUAAAUGGGAGUCUUCCCAAUAUAAGCCGAGACGAUAAGAAACCCGGAGAAAAUAAUGUAAGGCCCGGAACGUAUGAACGGGUUAGAAAAGAUGUCAUCAACAGGGUUAAGGGGGAUUUGGAGGUGGCGAAGCAGAAGCGGAUUGCUGAGGAGAGGAAAAGGGCUGACGAAGAAAAAGUAAGAAGGAUUGCAGAGGAAAAAGAGAAGAGGAAUGCGGAAGAAAAGGCGAGAAGAGAGAGGGAGGAGCAGGAGAGACUGGAGGCGGAAAGAGUGAGGAAGGACAGGGAAGAUCAGGAGAGACUGGACGCGGAAAAGACGAGGAAGGCCAGAGAAGAACAGGAGAGACUGGACGCGGAAAAGACGAGGAAGGCCAGAGAAGAACAGGAAAGAUCAGCCAUGGAAAAGGCGAGACAGGAAGCCAGGGAAAAGGCCAAGCAAAAGAAGAAAGUUGACGGCAGCAGUCCUGCCUUGGUGCACGGUCCCUUAUUGCUGCUUCUGUUGUGUGUGAUGGGUUGCACUCUCGUCUGCGGAUCGGUGUUCCCAUGA